GCACGGAGGCAUUUAUUGCUUUUCCUGUUCCCAUUUUCCCCCUCACUUGUUCACACUGCCCCAAGCAGCCACAUUUUCUUCUCUGAUCCAUCACCGGCGACGCUGAAGCAGCUCCUUUUGCAGAGUCGCAUCGCUGUUUCUGACGAUUGAUUUCGCGGAAUUCUUCUAAGGAGAGCGACAGCUGAACGGUUUAUUUAGAUAAUUGUAUCGAGGCUUUUUUGUUGUUGAUGUACGUAAAUGGAAUUCUGAACUGCUGGUGACAAUAAAUUGAUUGUACGAGUGUGGUUUGCUUUUGAGUUUAUUUUGCUCUCUGUGGAAGUAACGGGAAAGCCAAGAUGAUCAACAAGCCGCUUGUGUUAACUUAUCUGUACUUGUUGAUCUACAUUUUGCUUUCCUCGGGAGUUAUAUUGUAUAACAAGUGGGUGCUGUCUCCAAAAUACUUUAAUUUUCCACUCCCAAUAACACUUACCAUGAUUCACAUGGGAUUCUCUGGAGCUGUAGCAUUUUUUCUUGUUCGUGUAUUCAAGGUUGUAUCUCCUGUCAAAAUGACAUUGGAGAUAUAUGCAACAUGUGUAAUACCAAUAAGUGCCUUCUUUGCAUCAAGUCUCUGGUUUGGUAACACUGCUUACUUGCACAUUUCUGUGGCCUUUAUCCAAAUGCUUAAAGCUCUAAUGCCAGUGGCAACAUUCAUCAUGGCUGUGUUGUGUGGCACUGACAAACCAAGGUGUGACGUGUUCUUGAACAUGGUGCUGGUCAGUGUUGGAGUUGUCGUUUCCUCAUAUGGGGAAAUUCAUUUUAAUGUAGUGGGCACAGUUUACCAGGUUACGGGCAUCUUUGCUGAAGCUCUUAGGCUGGUCUUAACUCAAGUCCUUCUGCAAAAGAAGGGCUUGACCUUAAAUCCCAUUACAAGCUUAUAUUACAUAGCACCAUGCAGUUUUGUGUUUCUUUUUGUGCCUUGGUAUUUCCUGGAGAAGCCUGUGAUGGCAGUUUCACAAAUACAGUUCAAUUUCUGGAUCUUCUUCUCCAAUGCUCUUUGUGCCCUGGCUUUGAACUUCUCCAUCUUCUUGGUAAUUGGGAGAACUGGAGCAGUUACCAUCAGGGUUGCUGGUGUUUUAAAAGACUGGAUACUCAUUGCCCUUUCAACUGUUGUAUUUCCUGAAUCUACAAUAACUGGGCUGAACAUAAUUGGUUAUGCCAUUGCUCUCUGUGGUGUUGUCAUGUACAACUACAUAAAGGUCAGGGAUGUCCGUGCAUCUCAGCUACCUUCUGAGAGUAUUCAAGAAAGAAUCACAAAGGAUUGGAAAUUGGAAAAGAGGUCAUCCGACCUGUUCACUCCUAGUAACAGCAGUGCUAGUGUUUGAGGAAGAGGUGAGGGGAAUUUUGCUGCUUCUGAAUUAAAAGUCGAUGAAGAAGCCCCACUAAUUUCACCAUCAAGGCUAUCUCAAUAUUGGACGUUCUCAGCUAGGCAACCAUACUGCAUGAUAAUAUAUCAAGGUUCUAGUUUAGACAAAGAUGCAGAAAUCCUGUUGAGUUGAGUUGAGGAAAACCAGAAUGCAAUAGGAAGCCAGUUCACACAUUCUAACCUCUUAUCUCAACGGAAAAUAUUCAUUUUUCGAGUGAUUAGAUAUUUCACACUCAAAGAAAAGAGCAAUUGGUUGUAAUUACUUUCAUUUGUAGAAUCCAUGAUUUUUUUUUUUUUUUUUUUUCUUGGUUCAGCAAUAUAACCUACGGAUGAUUCUUACUUUCAUGAAUGGUGGCACAAAACAUGAGCUCACCAUACUGUAUUCAAGUCCUAUUUGACUGUCAGAAAAAUCCUGG